AUCUUUUAAUGCCGUCCCCAGCGAUCACAUCUUUAUUAGACACCGAUGUGUACAAGUUGUUCAUGCAAUGUGCCGUCUACAAGCACUUUAGAGAUGUAGAGGUUUCUUACGUAUACAAGAAUCGGACCCCUGAGAAAAAAUUGAACCACCAGGCGAUUGAAUGGCUCAAGGACCAAAUAACCUCCUUGGGUGAUCUCUCCUUUACUGCUGACGAAAUCUCCUACUUGAAGGAAACAGUGCCUCAAUUCACACCGGAAUACUUGCUGUAUUUGGCCGAGUGUCGUCUUGAUCCCAAGUCUCAGGUGUUUUACACUGAAGGAGAUGAAUUUGAACUCGUGAUUAAAGGCCCCUGGAAGGUAACCAUUUUGUACGAGAUUCCCGUGUUAGCGUUGGUGUCUGAGGCUUAUUUCCGGUUUGUGGAUACAGACUGGACUUAUGAUGGCCAGAGAGAGUUGGCCCAGGAUAAGUGCCGCCAGUUGUUCGACAAUAACUGUAGUUUCAGUGAAUUUGGAACUCGGCGUAGAAGAUCGUUUGAGGCUCAAGACAUUGUGGUCAAAGCGCUCGCGGAUUAUGCGGCCGCUCAUCAGGCCCAACAGAAGCAUUUAAUUGGAACAUCUAAUGUGCUUUUGGCCAAGAACUACAACCUCAAGCCCAUUGGAACCGUUGCUCACGAAUGGUUUAUGGGCGUGGCUUCGAUUUCACAAGAUUAUAAGGCUGCUAACCACUUGGCUAUGCAAUAUUGGGUUGAUACCUUUGGACCCAAGUAUGCUGGUUUGGCUUUGACCGAUACAUUUGGAACUGAUAACUUCUUGACUAACUUCCACAAACCAUACGCCGAUUACUACGUGGGUGUACGACAAGAUUCUGGCGAUCCAGAGGAGUACGCUGCCAAGAUCGCUGCUCACUAUAAAUCGUUGGGCUAUGAGGACAAGUCCAAGAUCAUUUGCUUUAGUGACUCGUUGAACAUUGAAAAGUGUUUGCAGUACAGGAAGACGGCAGAAAAGUUGGGUCUCAUACCGUCGUUUGGAAUUGGGACUUUUUUCACCAACGAUUUCCUCAAGUCCAGUCUGGGAGUCAAAUCGGUUCCUUUGAAUAUUGUUAUCAAGUUGAGCAGUGCUGAUGGAAACCCUUCGAUUAAGUUAAGUGACAACUUGGGUAAAAACAUGGGUGAUGCCUCUGUUGUUCAGUACGUUAAACAGGAAUUGGGCUAUACAGAACGUGACUGGUCCGAAGGGGAUGAGUCCAAGCGGUGGUGAUCCUUUUAGAUUUGUAGAAUUAGCACCUAGUAUUUGGCUGCGAAAUAAGUAGAAACUGUUAGUCAAUAAUUGAUUGAGAAAAUUGUGAAACAAAUAGCGAAGCAGAGGUCUCACAUACUUCAGUGUUCUUCAUGAUAGACCAAGGUGUUGAGUCAAUGAAAACUACUGGCUGUGGAGACAUGAUUAUUGUACAUUAGCGUGCAUUCCUCGCUAUUAAAGGGCAUUGUGAUAGUAGACAGAAAAAAUAUAACUUAAGUACCAGAAUAACAUUCGUGCCUG